AUGGGAGAAGAAGAAGGGGAGAUGAGGAUAGGAAAGAAGAAUAAGGGUGAAGGAGAUGAGGGGCCAUGUUUAAGAAGGGAGUAUUGGGGUCUAGUGGAGAAUGGGAUCCCUGCAACAACAGGAGAAGCAGAUCUCACAGAAGGACAGAGGAAAGCCGUUGAAGAUCAGAAGCUGAAGGAUCUGAAAGCCAAGAACUAUCUGUUUCAAGCAGUUGACCGUUCAAUCUUAGAGACAAUUCUGAACAAAGACACAUCAAAGAAUAUCUGGGAUUCUUUGAAACAGAAGUAUCAAGGCACCACACGGGUGAAUCGAGCACAGCUACAAGCUCUUCGUAAAGAGUUUGAGAUUCUUCACAUGAAGGCAGGAGAAUCUGUGAAUGAAUACUUUGCCAGGACUCUCACCAUAGCUAACAAAAUGAGGCUACAUGGUGAAAAAUUGGGAGAUGUGUUAGUCAUUGAAAAGGUUCUGAGGUCAAUGACUUCUAAGUUUGAUUAUGUUGUUUGCUCCAUUGAAGAGUCACAUGAUUUAGACUCUAUGUCCAUCGACAAGUUACAGAGUAGUCUACUCAUGCAUGAGCAACAUAUGAAUGAUCACGUCACAAAAGAACAAGCAUUGAAGGUAACAUAUGAUGAGUCCUCUGGAGGAAGAGGUCAUAGACGUGGAAGUUUUAGAGGAAGAGAUUGA